UUUUGCCUACCUAAAUUGUCAAUUGGUGCCAAGAGGUAUUUAGGGCACGGCCCCCAUCCUAUCUGAGGCGACCUAUCCAGUUUAAUACACCAAAUCGAUACCGGGACUCGUUAUCGACCAUGGCAGGCUCAGCUCGAGCCUUCGUGGUUCUCAUUCUAGCCAUCACCAUUGGACUCUACAAGAUUUACCUACACGAUGCAGUCGUACUCCUGCUGGGAAUCGGUCGAGUGAUUCAGCCCCUAGAAGACUUCCCCGGUUAUCGCUGUCAGCGCAUCCAACACCCGCUGUUGGAGAGCUGUGAAGAUCUCUGGCUCGAUUCCAGUAGCCGCAAGCUCUAUGCGGCCUGCUCCAAUCCAGCCGCUCGAAAGGCUUGGAGCCCCGCUGGGAACCUCUUCGACCUUGCAGGGCUGGCAGCAAGCGGCAGCUCCGACCACAUCAGUGUGCUGGACAUCGACCAGCCGGGCCCCGACGGGCUCUACGGAGUACAUGCACUGGGCUUCCGUAACGGAGCAAAAAGCCAACAGUUACACUUGCAUGGAUUCGACGCUAGGAGGAUUGACAACGGUCGCCGGCUGCGGUUCUGGCUGAUCAACCACCGACCUCCCCUGGACACGAUCUCGGGGAAGCCUCUGGACGCGACCAAAGUGGGGGCAAAUUCGACCAUCGAAGUCUACGAUUUGGACCUCGGCAGCGGCCCUAAGAGUAACCAUUUACAGCAUGUGAAGACAAUUGUCAGCGACGCAAUCGUCGCGCCGAACAAUCUGGUCGUGAUGGACGAUGAGAAGGAGGACUUCUUAGUGACCAACGACCACAGCACCAAAGUCGGCGCUCUCCGAGACCUGAACUUUCUCUUCGGCGAUGGCAGCAUUGCUUACUGCCGUACGGACUCUGCGAAAUGCCAUUUCGCCACCACGGACAACUGCUAUUUACCCAAUGGUAUCGCGAAAGACCCUUCAUCGGGCCAUAUCUACGUCGCACAUUCUGCCAAAGGAACCGUCGGGGUGAACAUACUCACAGAGGAUAACCGGCUCGUCCAAAUCGAUGAGGUCCCGCUAACCAUGGGCGUCGACAACUUGUCUAUCGAUCCGGAGGGAAACAUAUUCGCGGGGGCUUUCCCAGAUGCACUUCAGUUGAGGAAGGCCUUCCUUGACCCUAAUGAAACCGCGGCACCAUCAACCGUGCUCAUGAUCCGGAAGAAAGGGACUGGUCACGCACCAGGAGAUACGUACGAAGUCGUCAAGGUCGUCGAGGACAGCGAAGCAAGGGUUUUACCAACUACAACAACGGCUGUACAUGAUCCUAUCUCCGGCCGGUUAUUCCUCGGGGGAGUGACAUCAUCUUUCAUGGGAGUUUGCGAAAGGGUUCAGUAGGAUAGAGUAAUUCGAAUUCAGUCACUUCCAUGGCUGGUAUUCCCAUCAUCGACCGACAAAUGCUUCUGUGAAAGGCCUAUGAUGGAAGACAAACCCAAAUUUCUACAUUGUCGUCUAGUUCAGGACAAAUCGCUUAGAAUGCGCUGGGAUCAAUAAA